UUCCCCUAUCUUGUCCUUGGCGUUUGUUUAACCCAUAUAACCUCGCGUCUUUUCUGUAUCCUCUUCGUCACUCUGUGUUUCUGGGGUUUGCUGCUGUUGAGAUUUAUAUUUAUACAAAACAUAAAGGGCUUCGAACAUGGUUAACCCCAACUUCAAUCUAUCAAAAUCAAUUGAUCGUUUUGAAUCAAAUCGGGAAAUAAAACAAUGUCUUUGUAUAAAGAAUUCUCUACUAGAUUUUCUGAUUGAAUUGUUUUCUCUUUCUAAGAAUUAUGGGUUUCUGUAGAUUAUGAAAUUAAUGCAAAAUUCUUCGCAUUCUUGAUUCGUUAGGUAUUGUACUGCACCUUAAGCAGGAGGGAUUCAACGUCUACUCGAUAUAUAAAAUAUAAUUUUGACAAGGCCCCUCAGCCUAUCAGUACCUAGCUCCGAUAGGAGUGGGGAUGGGGGUGGGGUAGGGUGAUGGAACCCUUUCCCAUUUAGCAUUACAUUCAGUUGCUGCUGUGGUGCGUGCCUAGGAGAGUACGUAGCAAUGAAUUCUAUCUGUAGGGUUUUUGAAUUUAUGGAAUCUUAUAUAUUUACUCGUGUUAUCAACUACCUUUAAUGGAUAAGGAAGAAGGUUUAUGUGGGUUGAUAGCCAGAGUAGAAAUAGGCAUAAUUCCUGAAUUCUCUAACUCUACACAUUGAAUUCAUCCUCCCAUGCACUCCUGAGAAUACACUCUGUCAACCUAUCUUAUCUCAUCCUCUAUCGGGGUGGCACUGGCAAUGUGAACGUUAUUUCAAAUAAUCACAUGGUACGGUUACAGCCAGAACCAUUUCUCAAUGAAGCGAACUACUGGGCAUGGUUCCGUUUGGGUUACUCUCAAACACUCUUCUGAUAAAUCUAAAGCCCAACGGAAUAAGAUGAAGACAGCUGGGAAAAAUAUUGAAUUUAAGUGCCUCAUCCGAGCAACUGGUGGUAAAAAGAAUAUUUCCAUAAUGGUGGUGGUGGAGAUACAUGGGCGACUUCACAUGGGGUUUGAAUUGGUGGCACUUCAACACAUCAUAGGAUAUAUUUGUGGUGCUCAAAGCAUUUGCCAGCUGGAGCCUUUUUCACACUUUUGUUCUGAAUUUUGCUCACCUGUACAUGCAAUACUCUUUGAUUUGUUACUUCUUGAAAUUGAUAAACUGAUAGGGUUUUCCACAUGUAUGACAUGAAGUUUGGGCUGAAACAAUCUGUCAUGUGUCUAAGAAUAUUUAGUCCCUUUAGUAUGGCAUUUUGUCUGGUAUGUCCUAGACCUUUCCAGUUUUCCUUCUUGAAUGCCUCUCCACAUAUCCUAUAAUGUACAAGUAUACCAAGUUCAAUUUUCC